UUGUUGCCUAGAAACCGAGCUUCUCGUGUGUGUUUUCUGAUUGGUCCGUUAGACGUCACUUCCGGAAGUUUGGUCCCCGUAUGUUUUAAAAUCUAGAUCUUUCGGCUGCAGCUGGAUUUGUUACGGCUUUCCAACAACAUUAAGGUCCACGAUGUCCAGUGAAGACCUAAUUUCUGUGGAUUAUGAAAUUUUUGGCAGAGUGCAAGGUGUAUUUUUUCGCAAAUACACUCAAGCUGAGGGGAAGAAACUUGGCCUAGUUGGUUGGGUCCAAAACACUGGAGCAGGAACCGUUCAGGGGCAGCUACAAGGCCCAUGCAGCAAGGUGAAGGAAAUGCAAGAAUGGCUGAAAUCCACUGGGAGCCCCAAGUCACACAUAACCAAGGCGGAGUUCGAUAAUGAGAAAACAAUUGACAGUCUGGAACACUCAUCAUUUAAAAUAGUAAAAUGAAAUAACCUGAUUGAUUGUGCCAAAAUAUUAACAUGAUAUCAGAUGUUUAAUUUAUUUGUUUUUUUCUUUUAUUGGUUGUAUUUAAAAAAUAGUUUAAAAUAAAAUGAAGUGUACUGUAUAUUUAACUUCCACAGACCUUGCAAUUGCAUUAAUAAAUUAAAUUCCUUCCAUAGACUUUA